UCAGUGCUCUUCCUGCUCGCCGCACUGGUGUGUCUGGACCUCCAUGCCCCCGUCUCCUCGGUGCCCCUCUGUGCCAACGGCCGCGUCGGCUGCCACAUCCUCUCUCUGUCCGAUCUCUUCGACCGGGUCAUCCAGCACUCGGCGAGGGUUCAUGACCUCUCCAGUGACCUGCACUCCGACUUCGAGCAGCAUUUUCUACCCAGCAAAAACCACAUAGGCAAGGCUUUUCCUAGAUGCCACACGUCUAGCAUACUAACACCAAAUGGAAAAGAGAAUGCACAGAAACUGGCUCGUGAGGAGUUGACGGAGAUCAUCUUGAAGCUGCUGGUAGCCUGGAGGGAUCCCCUGUGGAAGCUGCACCACAGCAUGGCUCAUGAGCCUGACCACUUCAGCAGCCUCAACAGCAACAAGGCGCUGGACAUGAGCGACAUGGUGCACGACCUCCGCAAGGGCGUCGAGAAAGUCGCCGAGAAGAUGCAGCACUUGGGGAUAAUCAGUAACUCUGUGAGUGGCGUCUCGUCCCGGGAGGCCUUCCUGCCCACUGUGGACCACAGCGAGUCCCAGGGUCUGGCCAACUAUGACCUGCUCCACUGCUUCCGCAGGGACUCCAACAAGGUACAGAACUACCUGCAGAUCCUCAAGUGCAGGAUCGUACCCGAGCACGGCUGCUGA